GGCAUCGGGCCCCCAGGCGGGGCGACAGGCAUCAGGCCCCCAGGCGGGGCAACAGGCAUCAGGCCCCCAGGUGGAGCGACAGGCAUCGGGCCCCCAGGCGGGGCGCCGGGCCCCCAGGCAGAGCGGCGGGCGCCGGGCCCUCAGGCGGAGCGGCGGGGCACCGGGCCCCCAGGAGGGGCGGCAGGCACCGGGCCCCCAGGAGGAGCGACGGGCGCCGGGCCCCCAGGCGGAGCGGCGGGCACUGGGUCAUCAGGGCACGACAACGGGCAUCGGGUCACCAGGCAUCAGGUCAUUUGGCUCGCCAGCGGGCACCGCAUCAUCUGGCAAGCAGUGGGCACCGAGUCACCGGGCACGACAGUGGGUUUCCGAGUCAACUGGCAUGACCACGGGCACUGGGUCAGACAUUGGAUCGUCUGGCUCGAGAGCGGGCAUCAGGUCACCAAGCAUCAGGCAUCAGGCUGGGUAGAAACAUCAUGCUGGGUAGAGGCAUCAGGCUGAAUGGAGGCAUCAGGCUGGGUAGAGGCAUCAGGCUGGGUAGAGACAUC